UUAGGUUAGUACAAAUCACGCGCUCCAACUCCAUCCUUGUUCACCUUCUUUUCAUACCAUUUCCCUUUCCUCUUUUAUCUCUUUCCACGAUUUUACCAGCCCUUAAAUUAGAAACAAAAUAAUUAUAAAUCUGUAUUAAUAAUCUAUUGCCGGAUAAGAUCCUCGAAUAUCCCCGACGAAAUCUUCUCACCUGGUUGAUCUUUCCUUUCCGGUUGUAUCGAUUGUAGGACUAUCCUCUCUGCAAAAGGGCUACAUCUGCUGGAAGUGGAAGAAACAAAAUAAAAUACAUCUCUCUCUCCCACCCCUACCCUGUUUCUCUGUGCUUCCCUCUCCCUCUCUCCUCUACCUCUCUACCUUUCUCUCUCAUCUUUGUACCUCUAUUUUCUGGAUUUUCGGCAGCAGAGUAGCUGCUAAAGGGUUUCACGAUGAGCAGAAGGGAUUUUGCUGAUCAAAAUACUGGAGGUGUUGGUGUGAAAGCUGUUAAAUUGGAGGUAGAUCCACUUGGAAGAUCACUGGACUUUGCAGUACAUAAUAACUCUGUUCUGGAUCACAUUAAGCAGUCUAAAACUCUUCCGAGACAAGACUCAAAAGAGGACAUAAUCUCAAGCACUUUAAGUUCUGGUCAAAGUGGCACCAGUGCAUUGGAUAAUGAGAAGUCCCCAUUUGAUGACACAAGCCUUUGUUCUACAUCACCAACUAGUUAUGCACCUCUUUGUCGGCAGUUUUGGAAAGCUAACAAGUACGAUGAACGGGUUGCACAAAAAUCUAAUCUUCCAAGUGGCACGAAUCAUCUACAUAUUCACCCUAAAUUCCUUCACUCAAAUGCUACUUCGCACAAAUGGGCUUUUGGUGCCAUUGCGGAGCUGAUAGAUAAUGCAAUCGAUGAGAUACAAAAUGGGGCUACCUUUGUGAAUGUAGAUAAAACCUUAAAUCCAAGGAAUAGAGCUUCAGCAUUGUUAAUACAAGAUGAUGGUGGUGGAAUGACCCCGGAAGCAAUGAGACGUUGUUUAAGCUUUGGGUUUUCAAAUAAGAAGUCUAUGUCAGCCAUUGGACAGUGCAUUCAGGUGGAAAUGGCUGUCAUAUUAGUUGGUUUAACUUUUAGCCUUUCAGAUGGAAAUGGCUUCAAGACAAGUACAAUGAGACUAGGGGCAGAUGUCAUCGUCUUCAGCCGCCACAGGAACAGGACUUCAACACAGAGCAUUGGUCUUUUGUCCUAUACAUUUUUGACACAAACAGGACAUGACAGAAUAGUGGUUCCCAUGGUUGAUUACGAGCUAAACAUUUCAACAGGCACAGUGGAUUACCUACAUUCACAAAGCAAGGAAACUUAUAUGUGCAAUCUUUCCAUUUUGUUGCAGUGGUCUCCAUAUUCCACAGAAGAAGAACUUCUCAAGCAAUUUGAUGACAUUGGAAAUCAUGGCACAAAAGUUAUCAUCUACAAUCUGUGGUUUAACGAUGAAAGCAGAUUGGAGCUUGAUUUCGAAACAGACAGUGAGGAUAUUCGUCUUGCUGGAGAGGCCAAGAACACUGAAAAGGGGGUGAUGCGGUUGACAUUAAGUGAACAGCAUCUCGCUAAUCGUCUCCGUUAUUCUCUUCGUGCUUACUUGUCUGUCCUGUACUUGCGAUUGCCUGCAAAUUUCUGCAUGUUAUUGCGUGGAAAAGCUGUUGAGUAUCAUAAUAUUGCUAGUGAUCUUAAGUAUCCUGAAUGCAUCCUGUACAAACCUCACAGUGGCCGUUGUGUGGAGGGCGAAGUUACUACAACUAUAGGCUUUCUUAAAGAAGCUCCUCAUGUAAAUGUUCAUGGUUUCAAUGUCUAUCACAAGAAUCGUCUCAUACUACCGUUCUGGCGCAUUGUAAGUUUCACAGAUAGCAGAGGCAGAGGGGUUGUUGGUGUCCUUGAAGCUAAUUUUAUUGAGCCUAGCCACAACAAACAAGACUUUGAGAAAACUAAUGUUUUUCAAAAGCUUGAAGUCCGUUUGAAAGAAAUGACAUGGGAAUAUUGGGAUUACCAUUGCGGAUUUAUUGGGUAUCAGAUGAAGAAAAAACCCCGGGAGUCGAUGUCAUCGUAUGUGUCUUCCAACUCCAGCAUAGAGCAAGGUGCCAAACAACCUGUUAUGUUGAGUAAAACUUUCUCUACUGCUGGUAAUGCACUACUUGCAGCUGGAAGCUAUAAUCUUCCAGUGGCUUCUUUGCCAAAUAAAGUUGCAAGGAAACAAUGUGAACUCAUAGGCAACCAAGUAAACUCAGAAGAAGGACAUUUGAAAAGGAGACAUUAUGAUGGCCAGAAAGAGCCUGAAAAGGUGAAACGGAAGGCUUUGACAAGGGUCGAUUCGAUUAAUUCUAUUCCCUGUGUGGAAUUAGAGCCUCCCACUGAUACUUGUAGAAUGCUGGACGAUCAAGAGAAAAUAAAUGUUAUGCAAGAAAAUAGAAAACUUCACGCACAGUGCCUUAUAAAUGAGAGGAAGGAAGUGCUACUAAAAGAAAAGGUAAGCAGGCUUAGAAAAGAGUUGAGAGAGGCCCAAAGUCAGUACAGCAAGCUAUUGGCUGAAUCACAGCUGUUGGAGAAGAUCAAGGUAGAAAACAAGCUUCCCUAGCUGGAUCCGGAAGGUCUAGAUGAAGGUUCUCUUUGUAUUUCUUAUCACCAGUUCGGCUUCAAACCUGCUAUCAGGAAAUCUCAUCACUUGGUGUUGAAACUUUGGGUAUGACCAGCUUUGGCUGUAAAAAUCUGGCGGUGCAGUGAAAUGUGCUUUGGCUCGACUGUUGAAUUUGAGAGUUGCGUUGGGUCCCUACAUGUCAGCACAAUUUUAACUACUUCACUGCACUCUAGUAUGCUCUCCAGGAAAUUAACCAGUUCAAUAAACAUAUUAUUGGAUGUGUCGAUGUCAAACGUCUUGUAAAGAAUAUUGCUAAAUUAUUAUUGACCAACUUUGAACAUUAGUAUAGCCUAAAGUUAACUAUUUACUAUUA